AUGGCGGACAUACCAAACAUCAAGGACCUCAUCGCGGCCAAGGACGCCGCCGUCGACGAGGAUGUCUUCGAGGAGGGCAUGGCCCCCAAGGAGGCCCAGACCGUCCACCACAUCCGCGCCAACAGCUCCAUCAUGCAGCUGAAGAAGCUGCUCGUGGCCAACCGUGGCGAGAUCCCCAUCCGUAUCUUCAGAACCGCUCACGAGCUGUCCCUCCACACAAUCGCCGUCUUCAGUUACGAGGACCGGCUGAGCAUGCACAGACAGAAGGCCGAUGAGGCAUAUGUCAUUGGAAAGCGUGGCCAGUAUACGCCAGUGGGUGCUUAUCUGGCGGGCGAUGAGAUCAUCAAGAUCGCCGUUGAGCACGGUGCACAGAUGAUCCACCCAGGUUACGGUUUCUUAUCUGAGAACGCCACCUUUGCACGAAACGUUGAGAAGGCCGGCCUCAUUUUCGUCGGUCCCUCACCCGAUGUCAUUGACUCGCUCGGUGACAAGGUCUCUGCCCGAAAGCUUGCUAUCGCUGCUCAAGUCCCCGUUGUGCCCGGAACCGAAGGCGCAGUUGAAACGUUUGAAGCUGUCAAGAGCUUCACCGAUGAAUAUGGGUUCCCCAUCAUCAUCAAGGCUGCCUACGGAGGUGGUGGUCGUGGUAUGAGAGUUGUGCGAGACCAGGCUAGCCUGAAGGAGUCGUUCGAGAGAGCUACCUCUGAGGCAAAGACUGCUUUUGGCAACGGCACAGUCUUCGUCGAGCGAUUCCUGGACAAGCCCAAGCACAUUGAGGUCCAGCUCCUUGGUGACAACCACGGAAACAUUGUGCAUCUUUUUGAGCGUGACUGCUCGGUCCAGCGCAGACAUCAGAAGGUCGUUGAGAUUGCACCUGCAAAGGAUCUGCCGGUCGCGACCCGCGAUGCCAUCUUGGCUGAUGCCGUCAAGCUCGCCAAGUCGGUCAAUUACAGAAACGCGGGUACCGCCGAGUUCUUGGUGGAUCAGCAGAACCGCUAUUACUUCAUUGAGAUCAACCCGCGUAUCCAGGUCGAACACACCAUUACCGAAGAGAUCACCGGCAUUGAUAUUGUAGCCGCACAGAUCCAGAUCGCUGCCGGUGCUACCCUGGCACAGCUCGGUCUGACCCAGGACAGAAUUUCUACCCGAGGCUUCGCUAUCCAAUGCCGAAUUACGACCGAGGACCCCUCCAAGGCCUUCCAGCCUGAUACUGGCAAGAUCGAGGUAUACCGAUCCGCCGGUGGCAACGGUGUCAGAUUGGACGGUGGAAAUGGAUUCGCCGGCGCGGUUAUCACACCGUACUACGACUCCAUGUUGGUCAAGUGCACAUGUCUGGGCUCCACCUACGAGAUCGCACGUCGCAAGAUGCUGCGAGCUCUUGUCGAGUUCCGUAUCCGUGGUGUAAAGACAAACAUUCCUUUCCUCGCAUCGCUGCUGACUCACCCCACAUUCAUUGACGGCAACUGCUGGACCACCUUCAUCGAUGACACUCCUCAGCUCUUCGAUCUCAUUGGUUCCCAGAACCGCGCCCAGAAGCUCCUUGCUUACCUUGGAGACAUAGCUGUCAACGGAAGCAGCAUUGCCGGCCAGGUUGGAGAGCCCAAAUUUAAGGGUGAAAUAAACGGAACCAAGUGGCGUUCGAGUUUGACUGCCGACAUAUCUAUCACAGACAUUGUCGUCCUGCCCGAUCUCCUUAACGAAGACGGCUCCAAGUUGGAUGUCUCUCAGCCAUGCACCAAGGGCUGGAGGCAGAUCCUACUCGAACAGGGACCCAAGGGCUUUGCCAAGGCUGUCCGUGAAUACAAGGGCACCCUGCUCAUGGACACCACCUGGCGUGAUGCUCACCAGUCGCUGCUGGCUACUCGUGUCCGAACCGUCGACCUGCUGGGUAUUGCGAAGGAGACCAGCCAUGCUCUCUCCAACUUGUACAGUCUAGAGUGUUGGGGUGGUGCCACUUUCGAUGUGGCCAUGCGCUUCCUCUACGAAGACCCCUGGGAGCGCCUUCGCAAGAUGCGCAAGCUCGUACCCAAUAUCCCCUUCCAGAUGUUGCUGCGAGGUGCCAACGGUGUUGCAUACGCCUCGUUGCCUGACAAUGCCAUCUACCACUUUGUCAAACAGGCCAAGGAGAACGGCGUUGACAUCUUCCGUGUCUUUGAUGCACUUAACGACAUCGACCAGCUCGAAGUCGGUAUCAAGGCUGUCCAGGCGGCUGGAGGUGUUGCGGAAGGAACAGUGUGCUACUCAGGAGACAUGUUGAACCCAAAGAAGAAGUACAAUCUCGAGUACUACUUGAGUCUCGUCGACAAGCUGGUCGCUCUUGACAUCGAUAUCCUCGGUAUCAAGGAUAUGGCUGGUGUUUUGAAGCCACAUGCAGCUACUCUACUGAUCGGUGGCAUACGGAAGAAAUUCCCACAACUUCCAAUUCACGUUCACACACACGACUCUGCUGGCACUGGUGUCGCGUCCAUGGUCGCCUGUGCCCAGGCUGGCGCUGAUGCUGUCGAUGCCGCCACUGACAGUUUGUCCGGCAUGACUUCGCAGCCCAGCAUCAAUGCCAUCAUCGCUUCGCUCGAGGGUAGCGAGCACGAUCCCGGCUUGAACCCCGCUCACGUUCGUGCGCUCGAUGCAUACUGGGCUCAACUGCGUCUGCUCUACUCGCCAUUCGAGGCUCACCUCUCCGGUCCCGACCCCGAGGUCUAUGAGCAUGAGAUUCCUGGUGCUCAGCAGCUUGGUCUUGGUUCGCAGUGGGCCGAGACCAAGAAGGCUUACGAGCAUGCCAACGACCUCCUGGGUGACAUUGUCAAGGUCACUCCCACCUCCAAGGUUGUCGGUGACCUUGCCCAGUUCAUGGUGUCCAACAAGCUCUCCCCGCAAGACGUCAUUGACAGAGCAGAGGAACUUGACUUCCCUGGCUCUGUGUACGAAUUCCUGGAGGGCAUGAUGGGUCAGCCUUACGGCGGGUUCCCCGAGCCUCUGCGCUCCAAGGCUCUCCGCAACCGUCGCAAGUUCGACAAGCGACCGGGUCUGUACCUGGACCCUGUUGACAUGAAGAAGGUGCGCACAGAGCUUGGCCAGAAGUGGGGACAGGUCACCGAGUGCGACCUGGCUUCGUACCUCAUGUACCCCAAGGUCUACGAUGACUACAAGAAGUUCACCCAGAAGUACGGCGACUUGUCUGUACUGCCUACCAAGUACUUCCUCUCCAGGCCUGAGAUCGGCGAGGAGUUCCACGUCGAGCUGGAGAAGGGCAAGGUGCUGAUCCUGAAGCUUCUGGCGGUCGGUCCGCUCUCCGAGAACACUGGUCAGCGAGAGGUGUUCUACGAGAUGAACGGUGAAGUCCGCCAGGUCACGGUAGACGACAAGAAGGCUUCAGUUGAGAAUGUGUCGCGACCCAAGGCCGACCCUGGCGACAGCUCGCAGGUUGGUGCCCCCAUGGCUGGUGUCUUGGUUGAGCUGCGCGUCCACGAGAACUCUGAGGUCAAGAAGGGCGACCCUCUCGCCGUUCUGAGUGCCAUGAAGAUGGAGAUGGUCAUCAGCGCACCUCACAACGGCAAGGUCUCGAGCUUGCAAGUCAAGGAGGGUGACAGCGUGGACGGCAGUGACCUGGUCUGCAAGAUUGUCAAGGGUUGA